AUAUAAUAAGUUUUCAAACAUUCACUUAUAAUAUUUCUUUAUUCUUUCUCAAUAACGUCUUGUCAUCCCUUCUCACCUCCUUCUCGCCGUCGCCGGAGCUCCGUUCAACUCCACCGUGUUCCCACACAGAGAAUAAAACACCACCCUUCUGUGGUCUCUGUGAUUCAUCUUCUUUAAAGAUAUUUGAUUUCUCCUUUUUCUUACAUCAAACUUCAAAAGAAACGACAACAAUUCAUCUUCUUUAAUUCACCAUUUGAUUAGGGUUUUCUCCGUUUCUGCUUCAUCUUUUCUCUCUCUCUCGAGCUCUUGUUCUUUAGGGUUUUUCUUGGGUGAGAGUGAUGGAAGAUUACAUGGGCCAAAUGAGAGAGAACAGCAGCAGCAAUAAUACAGGCACAACAUCCGCAACUUUCUUAUACGGGUCGGGUGGAGGAUCGGUUCUUGGCCCAGAUGCCACUGCUAAUACUUCUUUGUAUGGAAGAGGAGGAAGCUCUAUAGGCAACGAAAGUGAUCCUGGAGGCUAUCAUCAUCUUCAAUAUCAUCAUCAUCAUCAUCAACAUCAUCCGGUAGUAAAGAUCGAAACUGGGGGUACCCAGAAAUUUCAUAAUUACCCUUCUGUGAUGAGUUUCCACAACGAAGAUGAAGCUCUUAAAGCUAAGAUAAUUUCUCAUCCUCACUAUUCCAACCUUCUUCAAGCUUACAUGGACUGCCAGAAGGUUGGAGCUCCACCGGAAAUUGUUGGAAGGCUAACGGCGGUACGGCAAGAGUACGAAGCUCGACAACGGGCUAAUUUACUAAACAGCGGUUGCAGAGACAACUACAAAGAUCCAGAACUCGACCAGUUCAUGGAAGCAUAUUAUGAUAUGCUGGUGAAGUAUAAAGAGGAACUCACAAGACCAAUUCAAGAAGCUAUGGAGUUCAUGCGUAGGAUCGAAUCUCAGCUUUCAACACUCACCAUCUCCACUUCAUCCACCAAUGCUUCUCCUGGUCGGAUCUUUAUCUCUCCUGAUGAUAGUAAAUGCGAGGUGACUGGUUCAUCGGACGAAGAACAAGAAAACAGCGGUGGAGAAACGGAGCUUCCUGAAAUUGAUCCACGUGCUGAAGAUCGAGAACUAAAGAAUCACUUGUUGAGAAAGUAUAGUGGUUAUUUAAGUAGUCUCAAGCAAGAACUAUCUAAGAAAAAGAAGAAAGGGAAGCUACCAAAAGAAGCCCGGCAAAAGCUUUUAAGCUGGUGGGAGUUGCACUACAAGUGGCCAUAUCCUUCGGAGUCAGAGAAGGUAGCAUUGGCAGAAGCAACAGGUUUGGACCAGAAACAGAUAAACAAUUGGUUCAUCAACCAAAGGAAGAGACACUGGAAACCUUCUGAGGAUAUGCAAUUUAUGGUGAUGGAUGGGCUUCAUCCACAAAAUGCUGCUGCUGCUACUGCUCUCUAUAUGGAAGGCCAUUACAUGGGUGAAGGUCCUUACAGAUUAGGGCCCUGAUGACCAAUUAAGGUCUACACCUUUCAUAUAUAUAUAUAUUUGUGGCUUGGUGAUCCUAUAUAUGAAAUGGGUAUCUCAUAAUUUGUGCAUCCCUUAUCUAUCAUCAUUUUAUAAUUUAGUCAUGGUGUUGGAAAACCCUUAUGCAUGAGGAACUGCAUGUAUGCAUGGGAUCAUCCAAAGUGUCAUACUCUCCUAUAUAUCUGCAGCCUGCAUAUAU